UAAACAAUAUACAUGGGGGACUGUUCUAAAAUUAAGUACGGUGUGUAAUCAAUGUCUGUGGUAUAUGAUUACGCGAAUUUUAGCUCACUUUAGAUUACGUGGAAGAAUGUGUUAUUUAUUCCAUCUAGCAAUAGGAGUAUCGUUAUUUUGAAGAGUUUGUGUAAUUUAAUAUAACUGAAUAAUUUUAACCAAGUGUUCAUGGACAAGUGUACUGAAUUUCCUCGUUUAGUUGACUACUCUUCUGAUGAAGAAACUGCUCAUUCAAACGAAGAUGAGGAACAGGCAUUAGAUACUCCAAACAGUGAACUUCCACCUUUGCCUUUAGAAAUUCAAAAGAUGUAUGGUGAAUUAUCACAGACGGAAAUAAAAGAUGAUCCUGCUAAACAUGGUGGAAAAAUAAGAGUAUUUCCACAUGAAAGAGGUGUGUGGGCUACCUAUGUAUAUAUUGAAUAUAACCCAGAGCCAGAAUUUUUUUAUAUGAUUGAAAAAUUAAAGAACCUGUCUAAAUUUCAUGGAAUAAACUUUGAAACAAGUGACAGUUUUCAUGUAAGUUUAUCAAGAACAGUUAAAUUAAGGCAUCAUUGGAUAGCUCCAUUUAUUGACUCGCUGAGAGCUCAUUUAUGUAACUUCAUUAAAUUCAAAAUAAUGUUUCAAUCUUUGGAAGUAUAUGAAAAUGAAGAAAAAACAAGGUAAUUUUCCUCAAUCAUGUGUUCAAUAUACUGAGCUUUUAUUACACCAGUAUUAUCCAUAUUAUGUUAAUUAAUAAUGAUAUUAUGUCAUGCAUAUUUUUAUCCCUGAACAUCAAUGGCCAUUUCACAUUUUGUAAGUAAAGAAAUGUUAAAAAAUAUCAGUUC